UAGGAAAUCCGAAGAGAUUUUUUGAAACACUUUUGAAAAUACGUGAUUGUGUACCUGUGGUGCCUACCCACAAUAAUCUUAAUUCUGAAAAAUAAUAGAUAAUUAAUCAUAGUGUGGAGUUCGUUGUCCGCUAUUUUUUUGUAAUAAUUCAUGCCAAUCAAGUAAAUAACACGGUCAUCUUGAAGUUGGAAACCAAGUUUAAUUAUAGAAAAACUUUUAUAUUAUGAAUUAAAUUUUUAUUUAACGCCAUGGCUCCCAUAGUAAAAAGCAUAAUACAUGCAGGACAGAAAUAUAUUCCUAUAGUUGACGGUAGUAAGGCACAUUUCCAUUUCCAAACAUGGAAGCUGGGUCCUGAGAGGACUCUAAUUGAUGAUAGUAGAAAGAUUGGGAAAAAAGAGCCAAUGAUGCUAGUAAUUGGUCACAAAUUCAAGUUAGAAGUAUGGGAAAGUAUCAUCAAAAUGAUGGCUGUUGGAGAAGUUGCAAGUUUUACCGUUCAAAAAGAGCUUGUUUACAGCUAUCCAUUUGUCUCGAAAACAUUAAGAGAGCUGGGACAAGAACAGCAUAAGAUAAAACAUAGUUGUACAAUGACACUGCACACUGAAGGUAUUGGUUACCAAGAUCUCGAUGAUUUGAUCAGUAAUCCUUGUGAUUUGGAGUUUAUUAUUGAACUGUUAAAAGUAGAAACAUCAGAUCAAUAUGAAAAAGAGUUAUGGCAACUCAACAUAGAAGAAAGGCUGAAACUUAUCCCAGAACUAAAGGAAAGAGGCAACAAGUUAUAUGCUGAAAAACAAUAUAAUGACGCUGAAGAUGCUUAUAGACAGGCCUUGGGUAUUUUGGAACAGUUAAUGAUAAGGGAAAGGAAAAGUGAUGAAGAAUGGAUUGCAUUGAAUAAGUUGAAACUUCCUAUCCUAUUGAACUAUGCACAAUGUAAACUGCUCAAGGAUGACUAUUAUUCUGUUAUAGAACAUUGCAGCACAGUACUUGAGUAUGAUAAAGAUAAUGAAAAAGCAUUGUACCGACGGGCCAGAGCUCAUGUAGGUGCGUGGAACCCAGAUGAAGCUGAAGAUGACUUUAAACAUUUGAAAGCAUUAAAUCCGUCAUUAGCUGUUGCAAUAGAUAAGGAACUUGAUAAUAUCAGGUGGCUUCGGAAGGAAAAAGCAGAGCAGGAAAAAACAGCUAUGAGAAAACUGUUUAAUCAACAAAAUGAAGAAACAGUAACGCAAGAGUGAAUAUUCUUUGUGAUAGAGAUAACUAUAAGAUUAUUAUUUAGGAUAGAUAUUAUGCACAAUGUAAAUCUUGUGAAGUAGGAUAUGCCUAUCAUAAAAAUAUUAAGUAUAUAUCC